GUGAGUUUCGUUCCUGACUUCGCGUACACACUCGCGCCUUCGCACCUCACACAGCUGUUGCGGACGGGCAGCGGUAUGAAGGGUGCUACGCAAACGUUACGGCAAUGCUAGAAAUUUGUGCCGGAGCUUUUAUUUGUUGAGGAGUGCCGAAACUUUUGUGUGUUGCAUGUGCGGACAGGCCUUCAGCGUGAAGACCUGACUUCGGCAUGUCACUACCAGGAGCAUACGAGACUAGAGAAACCUCAUAUGAAGAAAAUGCACCCAGCACACACAUCACUCAUGGGGACCAAUCAAUGCGGUCAUACAGUUCUAUUGAAGGCCUUGGAAAUGGCACUACGAAAUCAAAUCAGAAGAUAUUUGAGCCCUCUGACCAAGCAUACUUUCAACAGAAGAUUGAGGUUCCAUAUACAGGGGAGACAUCCUUCAGCUGGCGCAAACUGUGGGCCUUCACGGGGCCAGGAUUCCUGAUGAGCAUAGCAUACCUGGACCCGGGCAACAUUGAGUCAGACCUGCAAUCUGGGGCCCUGGCUGAGUACAAGCUUAUGUGGGUGUUGCUGUCGGCUACUCUGCUGGGCCUGAUGAUGCAGCGUCUGAGUGCUCGUCUGGGUGUUGUGACAGGCUUGCAUCUGGCUGAAAUGUGCCGGCGUGGCUACCCUCGUUUUCCUCGUAUCCUGUUGUGGAUUAUGAUUGAAGUGGCUGUCGUUGGUUCAGACAUGCAAGAGGUCAUUGGCACGGCCAUUGCCAUUUUCCUCCUUUCAGGUGGACGGGUUCCACUGUAUGCGGGUGUGCUGAUCACAAUAAUAGACACGUUUACGUUCUUGCUGCUGGACAAGUACGGCCUGCGUAAACUUGAAGCUUUCUUUGGGUUCCUCAUCCUCGUCAUGGCAGUCACUUUCGGAUAUGAGUACGUGCGAGUGGCCCCUGACCAGUUGCGAGUGGUGGAGGGCCUGUUUGUUCCCUGGUGCUCACAUUGCGACAGCCGGGCCCUCUUGCAGGCAGUGGGCAUUGUGGGCGCUGUCAUCAUGCCGCACAAUCUUUACCUCCACUCUGCACUUGUGAAGUCACGUGAUGUAGACCGUGGCGACAAGGUCCAAGUGCGGGAAGCCAACAAAUACUUCUUUAUUGAGGCCUGUAUUGCACUCCUCGUCUCCUUUAUCAUCAACAUCUUCGUCAUGGGUGUCUUUGCCCAUGGACUCUUUGGCCGCACCAACCUUGACAUUAGGGAUCAAUGCGUAGGAACUGAGUUCCAGGAUGUCUUUGCUAACAACACGAAUCCUGUGGAUGUGGACAUAUAUAAGGGUGGUGUCUACCUGGGCUGUGCAUUUGGCAUGUUCCCACUGUAUGUCUGGGCCAUAGGCAUUCUGGCUGCUGGACAGAGCUCCACAAUGACCGGGACAUACUCGGGCCAGUUCAUCAUGGAGGGAUUCCUAAACCUGCCCAUCAGUCGGUGGAUGCGGGUGCUCAUCACACGGCUCAUUGCCAUUGCACCCACCAUAUUGUGUGCCGUCUUUGGCAACAUUGAGCAGCUUUCUGGGAUGAAUGACCUGCUCAAUGCACUCAUGAGCCUGCAGCUGCCCUUCGCUCUUAUUCCCACCCUCACCUUCACGACGUCGGCGGCAUUCAUGGGCGAAUUCAAGAAUGGAACGUUGACCAAAAUAGCAGCUAGCCUGCUGUCGAUGGUUGUGAUUGGCAUCAACUUGUUCUUUGUGAGCAACUUCGUGCGUGAGAACCUCCCAUCUCACUGGGCCAUCUACCUUGCUGUGGCACUGUUCGGGCUCCUGUACUUGGGCUUCAACCUUUACCUGUUGGCCCGCCUUUUGGUUGUGUUUGGCUGCACGUCACUGCUGCAACUUCCUUUGAUUGGCCCACACCUCAGGGAGCGCAGUGACCGAAUGCUAUUUAAUGACUCAUCUCAAACAGACGUAUCAUCAUCUCCUGGUGAGCUCAUACCAGUUAGUACCCACUUGUGAAUGAUUGUGUCCUCUAUCGACGCGUCCAUGAAUGGACAAAUUAGGUUGUUGAACUUGCAUUGAAGAGUGUUGGUGGCGUUUCACCAACAGCCACGAAGUACAGCAUGGUUUCAUGCUGCCCCUUUUAUAUGAUCUGCGACUUGAAUCUAUUUGCACAAUUUUAUCGACGUGACUCAAAUCAUUGAUGAAAGAAUAUUUAUUAGUAGCAGCGUUCCUAUGCAACUACAGGAACACUGUGUACAGUCAAUAAAGUAAACUGUCGUGUUCUCAUAUGAAAAGGCUAUUUUGACAAAAGGUUUGCAAUAUUAUAUGGUACUUACUAUUUUAGUACAGUUGUUGCUAGUUGGGAUGUUUAAUAAAGCAUGGAAUUGUGUAGAUGUAGUUAUUUUUAAUAAAUUUAUGACGUUGAUGUUUUUAAAAAAAGA